AUGGGUCUGAGCAGACCUCACAAGGUUGGCAAUGGAGUCUCCGCCAGAUGGGUCUCUCUCUUUUGCAUUGCCAGCUUCUUCUUGGGUGUUCUUGUUGUCAACAGUGGGGUUUGGAAAUUUUCAUUCUUUAUGUUGUUUGCUGCAACUGACCCCUUUUUUUUAGACGCUUUUGCUGUGUUGAGUAGAAAUUGGGGAGCUGCUGAUCGAUUGUUAGUUGAGACCAGCACUGGCAAUGGUUUUCGAAAGUUACUCCUUGAUGGGGUGGUUAUGGGUGUUCCUGAUCCAAAAAUUGACGAGGAGCUUCAUUACUGGAGAAACGUCAAUUAA